AUGGCUCGUGGACGACCUCCACCAUCUGUGGGUCGUGGACGGCCUCCAGCGCCUCACCACCUGUGGCUUGUGGACGGCCUCGGGCGCUUCACCAUCUGUGGCUCGUGGACGGCCUCCGGCGCCUCCACCAUCUGUGGCUCGUGGACGGCCUCCGGGGCCUCCACAAUCUGUGGCUCGUGGACGGCCUCCGGCGCCUCACCAUCUGUGGCUCGCGGAUGGCCUCCAGGGACUCCAACACCUGUGGCUCGUGGACGGCCUCCGGUGCCUCCACCAUCUGUGGCUCGUGGACGACCUCCAGGGCCUCCACCAUCUGUGGCUCGUGACUCUCCACCCUGUGGCUCGUGGACGACCUCGGGCCUCCACCAUCUGUGGCUCGUGGACGGCCUCCAGGGCCUCCACCACCUGUGGCUCGUGGCUCCGGCGCCUCCACAUCUGUGGCUCGUGACGGCCUCCGGCCUCCACCACUGUGGCUCGUGGACACAUCUGUGGCUCGUGGACGGCCCAGGGCCUCCACUACCUGUGGCUCGUGGACGGCCUCCGGGCCUCCACCAUCUGUGGCUCGUGGACGGCCUCCACCGUCUGUGGCUUGUGGACGGCCUCCGGCGCUUCCACCAUCUGUGGCUCGUGGACGGCCUCCAGGGCUCCACCAUCUGUGGCUCGUGGCGGCCUCCAGGGCCCACCAUCUGUGGCUCGUGGACGGCCUCCAGUGGCUCGUGGACGGCCUCCACACCUGUGGCUCGUGGACGGCCUCCGGCGCCUCCACCAUCUGUGGCUCGUGGACGGCUACAGGGCCUCUACCACUGUGGCUCGUGGACGGCCUCCGGCGCCUCACCAUCUGUGGCUCGUGGACGGCCUCCGGCACCAUCUGUGGCUCGUGGACGGCCUCCACCAUCUGUGGCUCGUGGACUGCCUCCGGCGCCUCCACCGUCUGUGGCUGGUGGACGGCCUCCGACGCCUCCACCAUCUGUGGCUGGUGGACGGCCUCCAAGACCUCCACCAUCUGUGGCUCGUGGACGGCCUCCAGGGCCUCCGGCGCCUCCACCAUCUGUGGCUGGUGGACGGCCUACAGGGCCUCCACCAUCUGUGGCUCAUGGACGGUCUCCGGCGCCUCCACCAUCUGUGGCUCGUGGACGGCUCCAGGGCCUCCGGCGCUUCCACCAUCUGUGGCUCGUGGACGGCCUCCGGCGCUUCCACCAUCUGUGGCUCGUGGACGGCCUACAGUGCCUCCACCAUCUGUGGCUCAUGGACGGCCUCCGGCGCCUCCACCAUCUGUGGCUCAUGGACGGCCUCCGGCGCCUCCACCAUCUGGAGCUCUUAGUUACUUAUAAAUUUAUUCAUAAUGCUUCAUUAUGGCAUUUGCUCGUGGACGUCCUUCGGGGCCUCCGUCGCGGGUAG